AUGUAUUUACACAUUUCCCUUCUUAUAAGACAUAAGCUUUAGAAUUUAAAACACAUUGUUGAUUCUUUAAAGUAGCGCAAGUAGAAUCGCAAGAAGAGCAACUUGAAUCAGUUGAACCUGUGCAUGAUAGGCAAGAAUUAUGACAAGACUCGAUAUUAAAUUGAAUAGAUCUAAUUCUUAAAUAAGAAGUACCAGUACCAGUACAUUUAUCUAUAACGGAGAAAGUCGAUACUGAGUUUGUAGAAGUAGUAUUCAGCUUCUCCAUCAAAUGAGUUACCACUAUUACUUUAACACGGAAUUUAUAAUCUAGCAUAACUUGACUUGCUAAAUUAAAAUGAAACAGGGUUCAAAUUGUCCAGUUAGAAAGAAACCUAAACACUAGAUUCUUUCAUAUGA